AUGGAGCGGUGUAUGCGGCUACUCAACCCGUUGAUCCUGGGCUGUCCCGCCCUCCGCCAAGUCGACGCGAUGAUCAACCAAGCGUUUGGUCCGACCUUGGAAUCGGAACGUUGCUCGUAUUCGAUCACGCCGUUGGGGUCGUACCCGCUCAAAACGUACCUGCCGGAUUCCGACAUUGACGUGUGUCUGAAAGUGCCGGACGCGGCCGCCACGUGGCAUCUUGCAGUGACCCAAGCGCUGAUAGGCGCCGCGACGCCCGCCGCUUGGUUCCACGACAACCUUCGCUGUGACCAAGCUGUCUUCCGCCGACUUGUGGACUUGCUGCGCCAACGUUUGCAACCCAACGAGCGUCAAUCCAGCCACUCCUUCGAGAAGAAGGUGGCUGUGACGCUGUACUUCUUGGGGUCCGAAGGUGGCUAUCGAGAGACAGCGGCAGCAUUUGGAAUGGCCAAAUCGUGGUGUAUCACAGUCGUGGCGACCGUGGUGGAUGUGUUGGCGAGCCAAGCAAAGUUGUGGAUACGCCUGCCGACCUUCCCUGGUGACUGGAGUCGAAUCGAACGUGGCUUCUACAAGGCACAACGGUUUCCGGGCGUUGUCGGAGCUGUGGAUGGUACUCUCAUUGAUAUCCAACGGCCCCGUGAGUACGAUGGUUUUUACAAUCGAAGCGGUGACCCCUCUCUCAAUGUUCAAGCAAUGGUGGACCACCGUAUGGUAUUUUUGUCUGUGGACAUCCGUCCUGGUUCGUUCUCCGACAAAAAAAUUUGGAAGGUGUCGCAGCUGGGCCAAACAAUUCGUCGCUGUAUUCCUACCGGCAGCCACGUUAUUGGCGAUUCUGGAUACACAUUGCUGCCAUGGUUGUUGACCCCAUAUGUGCCGCACGAAGAAGGCGGUCGUUUGUCCAACACACAAAAGCGAUUCAACUACAAGCUAUCCAGCACUCGAAUGGUGGUCGAGUGUGCAUUUGGGCGCCUCAAGGAGAGAUUCCGGAUUUUGAAAAGCGUGAUGAACGAAAGAUCAUUGGACCGGACGGUCGCCAUCACUACCUCUUGCUUCUAA